GGGAGUCGAAUGAAGAAUAUAUUCUGGCGGGCGAGUGCUUCAGUGGCACGUCACAUGCGCGUCACGCCGGGUUACGACCAAAAUAAAUAGCUCGUGCACAUCAUACGUCGCAACACAUCGCGCCCUGUUAGCUUCAGCUGGGUACAGAUUUCCAUUGAACGCCGAUCAGUUUCACUUCGAGCUCAUAGUUGAAGCACGCCCUAUCAGAUCCGUCACUAGGAGUACGAAGUAUCUUCGCCAGAAGCUGACACAGAAGAAGGUCGCCAGAAUGAACCUGCACGAGGAGCUUGUAUUCGAUCUGUGCCGCUUGCCAACCGAAGUCCUAUGUCAUAUUUUUAUCCACUGUCUUCCCCAAACCGACUGCACAUCGCCCAACUCAGAAUCACCUCCUCUGUUGCUCACCAGAAUAUGCCGACGCUGGAGAGAGGUCGCGGCGGACAUGCCCUCCUUGUGGUGCAGACUGUCCAUGAAUAUCGACCAUGCUGAUAGUAGGAACUGGCGACAGGCAGUCUUCGGCUAUGACUUGUGGCUCAAGCGCACACAAGGAUGCCCCCUCUCCUUAGAAAUCAUGUGCAUCGAAAAUGACACCACCGACCUACGAAACCUUUUGCAACCUUACAUCUCUCAGAUCCUCUCUCUCAAAGUCACGUUUGACAGGGCUGUCACACCCGAAAUCUUACUAAAUGACCUCCCGGCACUUCAGGAGCUUCAAGUCGUCAUAUAUUGCGGUUUUAAAGAUCGUGAUACACUAUCACCUAUCUUGACAUCCAUCUCGCGACUCUUCACUCUGCGCAGUCUGAAUCUUAACACGCUGGAUUGCCACGGCAUUAAGUGCCUAUCUCACCUCAACUUGACAAACGUCGACCUCUUUACGAGCUCCCCAGCCAACAUCAUAAACUUACUCCAAACAUUCCCCACCCUUUCCUCGUUAAAAAUUGAGAUGCUCGUCGACGGCGGCCUGCCUUGCGAGCCGCUCACCCACUCCAGCAUUCAAUUACUCUCCAUCCAAGUCAUCGUACGCGUUCUCUUUCAUCCAGCACCAAUAUUGGUUCGCCUGUUCAAUGCACUCACGCUUCCCAAUUUGCGCGUGCUUCGUGUCGAAGGUGGAUCCUGGCCUUGUGUUGAAGAUUUAAUUUCGUAUUAUAAGUAUGUCGUCAAGUAGAUAAACGCCCGCUAGAUGUCGAGUUAUGCGGCAAUGCCUUUGUGUUUGUCAUGCCGACAUGCCCUAAAUCAUGGUAGACUAUUCAAACCAGAUGCGCGUUUGAACAGUUUACCAUGAUUUAGGGUACUACUCUUGUUUACUGGCAGUGUAGCUCUUUUCCACUUUGCAAAAUGUCAAAAUCCAAGCAGUCAACUCAAAAGUCCAUCAAACACCUUGUCGCGAAAGUCCACAAGAAGGUCAAUGGUGUUCACAUUGGAGACUUGGACUUGAACAACGAAAACAACAGU